GGGCCGGGCGGGAGCGAGCGGGGAGAGCAUGUGCAUCCUCCCCGCCGCCCCUGCCUCCCUCCCGCCGCCCUCCCUCCCGCCUCCCCUCCCUCCCUCCUUCCCGCCGCGGGUGUGUGUGUGUGUGUGUCUCGGCUCCCUCGCCAGCCCAGCCUGACGCAGGCGGAUCGCGAUCGCCCCUGACAACAGCCCGGCUCCCAGCGCCGUGCCGGGGGUCCGGCUGCGGCGGGGCCCCGCCGGGCCGGGCCGAGGGGGCGGCGGGGGCCGAGUUGGCCCGAGCGCGGCAGGGCGGCCCGGGGGGGGGAAAGUUGCCGGGAGCGGCGAGGGGCGAGCGCGGCGGCAGGACCAUGGGCACUUUGCGGGAUUUACAGUACGCGCUGCAGGAGAAGAUCGAGGAGCUGCGGCAGCGGGAUGCGCUCAUCGACGAGCUGGAGCUGGAGUUGGACCAGAAGGACGAACUGAUCCAGAAGCUGCAGAACGAGCUGGACAAGUACCGCUCGGUGAUCCGGCCCGCCACGCAGCAGGCGCAGCAGCAGAGCGCCGGCACCUUGCAGGGCGAGCAGCGGACCAAGCGCCAGGCGAUCUCGGCCGAGCCCACCGCCUUCGACAUCCAGGAUCUGAGCCACGUCACCCUCCCCUUCUACCCCAAGAGCCCGCAGUCCAAGGAGCUGAUAAAGGAAGCAAUCCUUGACAAUGACUUCAUGAAGAACCUGGAACUGUCCCAGAUCCAGGAGAUUGUGGAUUGUAUGUACCCCGUGGAGUAUGGCAAAGACAGCUGCAUCAUCAAGGAGGGAGACGUGGGUUCCCUGGUGUACGUCAUGGAAGGAUGAGUGCCCGGCUUGAUCUGCUCAGAUUCCCAGCGAUUUUACCGCCUGUGCC